AUGUUCCCACUUCUGCUCCUCGCCGGCGUGGCUUCCGCCUCACCAACUCCGCUGUUCAAGAGGGAAGUCUUUCAGAACGAUGUACUCCCAGAUGUCGACUUCCCAGAUCCAUCUCUUUUCUACAACUAUCUCAAUUCUCAAAUGUACGUCUACGCGACCGCCGCGGGAGGCAAGUGUAUCCCAUACACUUCGACCAGAACUUUUCCUUCCCGCGAUUUUGCGCCUGUGCAGGAGGCCUUUCCGAGUGAAAAUGCCCCUGGUUGGUCGCAGCCUUGCUCGUCUUGGGCUCCGGAUGUCAAUAUUGCGCCCAACAACGGAAAGUCGCAUUGGAUGUACUACGCUCCCGAGCUCAAGAACCAAACUGGCAUUCACUGUAUCAGUCUCGCAACAUCCACACAACCCGGUGGUCCGUACAUCGACACCUCGAGCGAGCCCAUGAUCUGUCCUGCGGCGGAUGGCGGCGCUAUCGAUCCAGCUUUCUACAGAGACUCCUCCCCGGCCGAUGGAUCGUGCUACGUUCUAUACAAGAUCGAUACGCCGAACAACAACAAAGGCCACACAAUGUGCGACGACGACACUAAUCACAUGAGAACACCCAUCAUGCUCCAGCAGGUGGACUGUGAUUCGGGACAGCCCACUAAUGGCGGCCCGACGGAGAUUUACAACAACAACGGCGAUGUUGACCGAUGGAAUAUCGAAGCACCAUCACUCUACCGUGGAAGUGACGGGACGUAUUUUCUCUUUUACAGUUCUGGUUGUUAUAGCAAUGAGUCGUAUACGUGGAACUAUGUUACCUCGCAGUUCUUGAAGGGGCCGUACGGUAACCCACAAUCGGUUGUUCGGUCGGGAGAGAAGGGUAAUUCUGGUCCAGGAGGCGCAGAUAUUGUACUUGGAGGUGCUUUUCCGGGAGCUGUUGCGUGGCAUUCGUUGCGAGGAGGUGAUAUCAAGAAUGGCCGUCAGUUGAAUGUGGGAACUAUGCAGUACAACGGUGCCAGUGCUCAGGUUGUGUAG